AGUCCACUCACAGUCACAGACUCACAUCUCAGCUUACGAGUCCGCAGCAGCGGAGGAAGCACUGGGAAAAAAGAAAGCCGAGAUGACGACCGGAAGAAGGCUGUUUUCGGCGGCUCUUUUGUGGGUCCUACUCCUUUUCGGCACCUUAGCAUUCAUCCUGACUCGACUCGGCGGCGACGGAGCUCUGAACGAGCCGAAUGUUGUCAAAAGCGAGCUCCGUGAGGAAAGCGAUUUGGAGCAAGUGACUCACAAAGUUUACUUCGAUAUCGAAAUAAAUGGAAAACCCAUUGGUCGCAUUGUGAUGGGUCUCUUUGGAAAAACAGUCCCUAAAACCAUAGAGAAUUUCCGAGUGCUUUGCACGGGGGAAAAAGGAACUGGAACAAGUAGGAAGCCUCUUCACUACAAGGGCAGUACAUUUCACAGGAUUAUUCCCAGCUUUAUGAUACAGGGAGGUGAUUUCACUCUCGGUGAUGGGCGAGGUGGUGAGUCAAUUUACGGUGAUAAGUUUGCAGAUGAAAACUUCAAACUACAGCACACAGGGCCAGGUAUUCUUUCUGUGGCAAAUGCUGGGCCAGACACCAAUGGAUCACAAUUCUUCAUUACAACAGUCAAAACUGGUUGGUUGGAUGGGCGGCACGUCGUAUUUGGCAAGGUGAUUUCCGGGAUGGACGUAGUGUACAAAGUCGAAGAAGUUGGAGACGCGAACGGGGUACCUAGGAGCAAGGUUGUCAUCACCGACAGCGGCGAACUUCCAAUGUCACUACACUAACCUUUCAGACAAGCUGCGAACGAGCGGCGAACGAGAUGUAAAAAAAGCUGUACAACUACUAUAUGCUUAUGCUGCACAAGACUGAUACAUGUAUCACUAAAGAGUUUCGAUUCAGUAACUUCUGAUCUAAGUUCGAAUCUCGGCUUCUCACAUGUAAGGAUCAACGACUCUGUGUUUGCAAAUUGUAGCUUGACGCA